ACAACACCGGCUUUUUUGUAUCAGUAGAAUCAGAUUAAUUAAUUUAAUUGCAUCGUUUGGUAAUUAUCUCGUGUCAAAAUGAAUAUUAAUGUUUGUGGAUGAGAGAGGGCGACUUCCAAGUUUCAGGUUCGAUGCUUUAUCAUCUUGAUGAUUAAAUAUUUAAUUUCAUAACAGCCUUAUUACAUCUUUAAUUGGUUGUCCCCCACAAUACAAGAGAAGGCAAACAAGUUUUAAUUAUCAAUUAAUGAGUGAUUAGUUUUCUUGAUACUUCUUCACUUUUCCCGCAGCUUUCUGACCCAAAGACUGUAGUAUUUGUAUCGUCAUCCCGCACACCUACACAUCUUUCUCUGACAUUCAGCUUACAUUGUGAUAACUUUGCUUUUACACUCAUAAUGUCUGUACCUUUGCCUGAAAUACAAGAAUGUCGAUCACACCAGAAUCUCUGCUACCAGUAAUUUUUGAAUGUUCUCUUAUUUGUUAUCCUACAUCAGGUCCGCUAGGAAGUUCGGGGCCCAAUUAAAGAAUUGUCGGUGGGACCCUCCACUCUACAAAAACUGGAGAUUUAUGUUUUGUGUAGUACGCCAGUCCCAGCCAAAAUGCGAUGGGGUCUUUAUAUCCUAAAAAUCAUCACAAGGACCACCUUCGAGCCUGUGCACGGGGCUCGGCUUGAACAAAUCUAAUUGGCUUAAAACCCAGCCUGACUACAUCGCUUCCAUUCACUGUAUUGACGUUUAUCAGCAUAAAACGGAAAGUUUUAUUGAUAAAAAUUAAAAUGCGAGCCACUUGGAGAUUCCCUAGGCAACAACAAACAUUCAGGCUGUAAAUAGAAGAUAUACCUACAAGCAUUUUUUUCUCUAUAUAUGAGCACAGCCUCAUGAUACCGAAGACAAGAAACUAAAUCCUAACAGCUUUCAAGAAUUCCCUGUGGAUUAAGAUGGAAGAUGUUAUUCACUUGAACGCUUCUAACUCAGCUGUUUUUCAGACAGAUUCAGUGACAGAGAUUGACAGUGGUGAGGAAUAUUUAUGUAGUGAAAUAUUUGCUAAACAAAGAACAUUACACGGAAGCAUUUCUGAUUAUCACUGUGAGAUUUGUAGGAAAACAUUCUCUUCAGAACGAGAAGUCUUUGCACACAAACGAAUACACAGUGAAACGGUAAAACCCUUUCACUGUGAAAUUUGUGGGAAAUCCUUUAUGAAAAAUAGUACUCUAACAAUGCAUAAACGGAUACACUCUGGAGAAAAACCAUUUCACUGUGAAAUAUGUGGCAAAACUUUCAUUAAUAAUUCAAAUUUUGUUGUCCACAAUCGUUUUCAUACUGGAGAAAAGCCCUUUCAUUGUGAUAUCUGUGGUAAGUCUUUCGUCUCUAACAGUACUUUAAAAAGACAUAAGAUUAUACAUUCUGGAGAAAAACUAUUUCACUGUGAGAUCUGUGGAAAAUCUUUUAUUGAUAAUUCAAAGCUUGUUGUUCAUAUUCGAAGUCACAGUGGAGAGAAACCUUAUCAUUGUGAUGUCUGUGGAAAAUCUUUUAUGAAAAACAGUAAUUUGACAACACACAGAAGAGUCCACACUGGGGAAAGACCGUUUCAUUGUGAAAUAUGUGGGAAGAGUUUCUCUGUUAAUUCAAAUCUUGUAGUUCACAUUAGGGUCCAUACGGGAGAGAAGCCUUAUAGCUGUGAAACUUGUGAGGAGUCGUUUACCACAAAUAGUGAUUUUACCAAACAUAGAAGGAUACAUACGGGGGAACUGUUACGCUGUGAAACCUGUGGGAAAGCUUUCACCAUUAACAGUCAUCUGAAAACGCACAGACAAGUACACACGGGAGAAAAAUUAUUUCACUGUGAAAUCUGUGGAAAAUCAUUCUCUUCGAAUUCGAGUCUUGUUAUUCAUGUGCGUCGUCAUACCGGAGAAAAGCCAUAUCAUUGCGACAUGUGUGAGAAGUCCUUUAUGGUGAACAGUGACUUAACAAAGCACAAAAGGUUACAUAGUGCGGAAAAUUUGUUUCUCUGCGAAAUCUGUGGUAAAUCUGUGACUGAAAAAUCCCACCUCAUUAUCCACAAACGUACCCACACUGGAGAAAAACCUUACGAUUGUGAAGUCUGUGGUAAAUCUUUCUCUGUUAAUUCUCGCCUUGCAGUUCACAAAAGGUUACAUACGGGAGAGAAGCUGUUACACUGUGAAGUCUGUGGGAAAUCCUUUGUCACCAACAGUCACUUGAAGAUACACAAACGAAAACACACGGGAGAGAAACCAUUUCACUGUGAAGUAUGUGAGAAGUCAUUUGCUAUUAAUUCCCAUCUUGUCGCUCACCGAAGAAUCCAUACGGGAGAAAGACCCUUUCAUUGUGAUAUAUGUGAGAAGUCAUUUAUCACUAACACUCUUUUAAAAAAGCAUAAACAAAUUCAUACUAGAGGGUAGCCUUUUAGCCCUUUUGUUACCCUAUUUCUAUUGACAUAUCUUUUAUCUUUUACUUGUUUCAGUCAUUAAACUGCAGCCAUGCUGGGCCACCACCUUCAACAAUUUUUGUUUUUGUACAGAGAAUUAACAGGGUGAUGCCAUUAGUAGGAGAGGUUAGGAGGGUGAGAAGGGAAAGGGAAGUGUAGUAUCUAAAUGAAAUGAGGGACACCAAGUGAAGAGAAGUUAGUAUAAGAGACUUGUGAACAUGAUGGGAGAAAUGAACAGUUAGAAGAAAGUAACAAUUAAGCAAUUGCUUGGAUGGUGCUUUUUACAUGCCACCAGCAAGGAGGCCAGGUGAGGCGGGCAAUGGCCACGAUCAGAUGGUGUUUCUUACGUGCCACUGUCGAUGCGGCCAUGUUCGGA